GCUCGCAAUCUAUUGGCUGACGCUGAUCGGCGCUUUUUCGGAUGACAUGGGGGUCUAUGAGACGAAGGCGGGGCUCAUAAAUAAAUUUUUAUAUUGCUUUAUGCUAAUAUUAUAAUAAAGUAUCGAACCAGAUUGACACAUAUAAGCUCUGUUGAAAAAUGAUACAUAUGUUGGAAACGAACGGAAACUCCGGACACGAGCUUUAAUUCCCCUUUAGAAGUACGCACCCAUCAUGUAUCAGGAGGAGUGAAGGCAGGACAGACAGAGGCACGAGCGGCGAGGUCGGUGCUGCCUGGGCUGCAGCCCCCCCUGGUGGCAGCUGCAAGCUGUAGCACCUUACAGUUGACUAAACAAUUAGCCUCCCAUCCUGACAAACUGUGGCCUGUUGUUUAAAUAGUUCAUAAUCCAGUUCACCAGGUGAGGGUCCACAUCCAUGUUGUUGAGCUUCUCCUGGAGUAGGCAGGGCUGGAUUGUAUGAAAGGUGCUUGAGAAAUCAAAAAAGAGCAACCUCACAGCACAUCCACCCACGUACAGGUGGGAGAGUGCUUUACGCCAAGAAAAAUACUGUGGUAUGAUGACAUGUCAGGACCAGCAAAAGAACUGUGCAAAUGACUUACUGGAAAUCACCUGACAGCAGACAGGAAAUGAAGCAGUGUUUACUUUAAAUGGAAUCUGGAAUCACCGAGUUCAGCUCCUAUCAGAUUGCAUCCACAAGAACGAGAUUUAAGCAACGAACUCCAACGGAAACAGCAGGUCAGAGCAAGAAGACGAGUAAACAAAGCUCACAAUCAAGAUACUUUCUCAACGCGUUCAUAUUUGUACAGAUUCCUCUUGGGACUGAAUAGAAGACUGCAGCCAGCAAGAACAAGAUUAAAAUAACAAACUCACCACAACUGACAAAGCAAAUUAGAACAAGAGGACAAGUAAGAAAAUUCACAAUCAAGAUGUCUUCUCAACCUACAUCCCGACUUGCACCAAUUCCUCUUUCAGACAGAAGGGAAGCACCUCUGAGAGUCAUCCUGCUGGGAAAAACUGGAUCAGGAAAAAGCAAGUUUGGCAAUGUCUUGAUUGAAGAAAAUGUGUUUAAGGUGAAUAGUUCUGCAAACUCUGGUACAGGCAAAUGCCAGGCAGCCACCAAAAGAAAUGGUGAACUCAUAGUGGUUGAUACUCCUGGUUUCUUUGACACCAGCGGAGAUGAAGCAAAUCUAAUUCCUGAUAUAGGGAAGAGUAUCACAGAGUGCUCACCUGGACCUCAUGCUUUUCUCAUUUUGCUCAAAGUGGAGAAAUACACUGAGCAUGAGAAGCAGAUUAUUACCAAAAUAAGAGAGUUAUUUUCUGAAGAGGCUUUUAAAUAUGCUGUGCUGCUCUUCACUCAUGGUGACGACCUUGGUGAGGGUGAGACAAUCAAACAGUUUGUCAGUGAAAAUGAGGAUCUGAAAGAGCUUUCAGAUAAAUGUGGUGGCCGCUGUCAUGUUGUUGAUAAUAAAUACUGGAACAACAACCAGCAAGAUCCUUACAGAAACAACCAGCCCCAGAUCAAACAGCUAUUCUCCACAAUCAAUGAAAUGGUGAAACAAAAUGGAGGAGGCUGCUACACCAAUGAGUUGCUGCAAACAGUGGAGAGAAUCAUCAGAGAAGAGACGAAGCGAACCGGAUCCAGAGAGAAGGCAAAGGAAAAUUUCUUGGAGUUUUUCAUCAAGAAAGCAGUUGCUUUUGUCCUAAAAGUUUUACUGGGAGUUUUUCUGGGUGGUAUUGCAGGUGCUUCUUUUGAAGCAGCUUUUACAGUUUUUAGAGAAGCAGGUCAUGGACGUUCUGGGGGAUAUGAACGCUUUCCAACAGACUCACAUGAGGAGGAAGAAGGGAGUACAAUUGAAAAAAUGUGUGAAUCAUUGAACAGACAGAGAAAGCCAAAGGCUCAAUAGAUGAGCAGAAAAAAAAACUUUCAGUUAAUCUUUAUUCACAGACACAUGAUAAAAAUGUGUUUUUUAUAUUCCAGAUAUACCUUUCUCUUUAAUUGUGGGUGAAACACAUUUUCAGAUUACAACCUUUGAAAUGAUUCAAUUAUAGUCUGAAAAAAGGACAGGAAAUGUUAGGUGUUUACACAGUGUAAGACUCGGUUUAGUUAGUGUAAAAUCUCAAUAUAGGAGGAGUUAAGGAUUUUUUAAAAAAUCAUUAUAAAACAAUGCUGGGAUGUCAAACUUUGCAUACAUUAAUAUUUGAUCAAUGAUCACUGGGGAUGAGUGGAUAUUUCGAAAUUUGAUGAUAGAGAGUACUGAAAAUGACACUUUUUGAAUUUCUUUAAAAAUGUUUUGAUUGAAUUCACUUUAACAAAUCAGUGUGUGUCCACUUCCUCUGUAGAUCAGGAGUUAACUGAACAUGUUAUAUAACUUCUGUUGGUUUAAUGAUGUACGUUAUUCAAUCAAUUACUAUUGUUUAUCUUAAAUAUCAAUACUGAUCAUUGUCCUAACAGAUUUUAACCAACAAUAUUUUUUUCGAAUCCAGUUUUUUGUUUUCUUCUUUUUCUUAUAAACUGCUUUGUAAAUGUAACACAUGAUUGUUUUCAUUCACUUUGUGUAUCGAUUGUGUGUACUUGACUUGAUCUACAAAUCGCUUGAUUUCAUUUUCUUCUUUUCUGAAACUGCUAACACAAAGUCUCUGAAUGAAUGAAAAGAUGGAAAAAAGUUUGACAUUUGACAUGAGGAUUGUUUGAGGAUUAUUUUCUCUUUAUUUUCUUCUUAUUGUGCCAUGAUGUUGUUAUUUUCACAAAUGCAUAAAAAAGCAUUGUAACAUUAUGAUCUGUUGUUUCUCAUAUAAAAUGUAAAGUUUCCAGCUCUACAUCCAAACCUUUUCAAAAUAAAAUCAAUAAAUCAGCUGAAAUCA